CACAGUUCAGCACAACAGGUAUUUUUGUCUCCAUUUACACCUGGGACUACUACUGGGGAGGGAGAUUGUGUGGGAGCCAGCCUGAGUCAGGAUUCAGAUACGGGUCUGUCUGACUCCAGAGCCGGUGCUUUGCCAGACGGAGGACUGAUCCCUGUGAAUUCAGGCUGGGGUGAGCCCACUAACGCUGACCCCGUGGGCACUCCCUGGGGGGAGGCCCAGAAAGCACCCUGGGACAACGCGCCUUGCUGGCUGCGUGGCGGAGCUGGGUGAUGGCACUCUGUGUCUCUUUGUCUAGGAUGGCGCACCCUAUUCUGUCCCUCUGGCUGCUAGUGGCUGCACUGGCUCCUCAUGCCUGUGGCCAAUGGAUUUCUGACCACAAAAAUCAGCCAAUCCGAAGGACCUCGUCGGCCUCCUUGGCUUUCCUGAACAAUUCCCACUUUGCCUUCAGCCUGUACCGACAGCUGGUGGCCCAGAACCCAGGCAGGAACGUUCUCUUCUCCCCACUGAGUUUCUCCAUCCCGCUCACUCUGUUGGCCCUCCAGGCCAGGCCGGAGGUGCGCACUCAGAUUCUGAAGGGCCUGGGGCUUAGCCGUGCCUCGGUCCCAGAGAAGCAGGCCCCUGUGUACUACAGCCAGCAACUCCGCUCCUUCCUGCCGUCCCGUGAGGAAUGCCACAUAGACAUGGACAGCCUGCUGUUUGUGGACCUGAAGGUAACAGUGGUGCCGAAGUUUGCUGAAACUGCCCAGAGUCUGUACCGCACGGAGGUCUUCCUCACCUCCUUCGAGAACGAAGAGUUAGCCAAGGAUGAGAUGGACUUCUUCGUGAGGAAGAAAACUCAUGGCAAAAUUGGCAAUCUUUUCCAGGAGUUGGAUAAAGACACUGUCUUAGUUCUGGCCAAUUAUAUUUUCUUUAAAGGGAAUUGGAGACACAGCUUCGACCCAAGUCUCACUGUGACCAGGCCCUUCUCGGUGAGCGAGAGGCUCAUGAUCCCGGUGCCCAUGAUGCAGCGUCUGGGCCGGUUCCAGCUCCAGCGCUUCCCCGACCUGCACAGCCAAGCGCUCCGCCUGCCCUACAGCUGCAACGCCACCGCCGUCUUCAUCCUUCCCGACGUGGGCAGGAUCCGGGAGACGGAAGAGGCUCUGAUGAAGGAGGAUUUGGACACAUGGACUCAGCCCUUCCCGCUAAGAAAGAGGAAGCUGUAUUUUCCAAAAUUCUCCCUACCUGGGAAUGUUCAGCUGGACAACCUCUUGCCCACAAUAGGCAUGUCGGAUAUAUUCAGCUACCACGCACACCUCUGGGGAAUUUCUCUGCAAACCAUGCCCAUGAGGGUCUCCAACGCGGAGCACAGGGCAGAACUGACCAUGGAUGAGGAAGGAGCAGAAGAGGCAGAUGACAGGGACCUCCAGGCCCUCGACAAGCACUUCCUGCCCCGGCUCCACUUCAACAGGCCCUUCCUGCUGCUGGUUUUUGAGGAAAGCAGCCGCAGCCUUGUCUUCCUAGGCAAAGUGCUGAACCCCAAAACAGAGUGGUAG